ACCUCUUUCAACGAUAACACACAAGACUCAAUCACCACAAUUUUCGACAAGAGAUCAAUCGAAAUUAUGACAAAAGAAGAUAGUAACGCUCAGCAGAGCACACAAGAAGACGACGAUGAGCCUGAUGAAUGGGACAAGCGGAUCUUUAGCACUGGAUGCGCGGAUGAGAACGCAAAAAUGACGGAUUGCUACUUUGAAAAGAAGGAUUGGCGCGCAUGUGCUGCAGAAAUGGAGCAAUUCAAACAGUGCUGGAAGGCUCAUAACAACGACCAACGCACAGAGACCAAGGACAAUUGAAGUCGCAUUCGGGGACAUGUAACCGCAUAAUACUGUACUAUUACUGUAUAAAAUGUAAUAUACCAAGACCAGGCUCUCCUUUCCAGUCGAUUAGGAAA